GAGACACAAUUAAAAUGCUGUGGGUGUUUUUUUUCAGCUGCUGUACAGGGUGGGGGAACAAAGUCCGACAGUUUUCGUGAGCCAAGGAAAAGCACAACCAUUUCUGACAGCGAAUGCAUGAAAACGUUCAAGGGUCAAUGCUGAAUCCACGGAUCUCGUUCUCAAACCACACCGGCAACCGCAGCCUUCAGUCCUGAGUUUCUUAUUGAUCGAGACACACCUCCAUGCCCAGAUUCCCCUCGUCCUAGUGAGAGAAGGUCUUCCCCAACUGCAUUUACCAUCAUCUCUCCAGGUCCUGCACAGCUGAAUAAGGUUGGGCUCAGGUCCUCAAAGGAUCUAUAAAAUUCAAAGAAAAACUGCGUGUUCCCAUUGUGAACAGGAAAAACGCUUUUUAUUAAAGCAGCUAGUAGAAUGAAGCUAAAGAACCUCAACUGGCCGUUAUUAGUUCUGUGAAAACUGUGAAUGGAUCGAGUCUGGUUCACUGCUGGGGUUUUACUGUUAUAGCUGGAUGUGAGAUUUAUUAUUAUUAUUAUUAUUAUUAUUAUUAUUAUUAUUAUUAUUAUUAUUACUGAUCUUCUGUAGCUGAAAUCCCAAGUGGUGUCCGAGUAUUGGAUUUUCCGCUGUACAAUUAAGGAAGACACUAUGAAGGACGGUGUGACCAACAACAGCACAGCCAGUAUAUCCCAAGCCAGGACAUCAGUGGAGCAGCUCAAGAUGGAAGCCUGCAUGGACAGGAUCAAGGUGUCCAAGGCUGCUGCUGAUUUGAUGGCAUACUGUGAUGCUCAUAUAAGAGAGGACCCGCUCAUCUGCCCAGUGCCAGCCUCUGAAAAUCCAUUCCGGGAGAAGAAAUUCUUCUGCACCAUCCUGUGAGACCCGUGUCGGUACAACCUCUGCACAGUGGGAUCAGUCCUGAUUACAACAAUGAUGAUGAAGUUGAUGAUGAGCAGUAGAAAGCUUCAAAUUUUGCUUCAUAUAUAAGAGCAGUUGCAGUUUGGUAGCUGCAGGGGGCGCUGAAGUCCAGUAACCGGUGUCAUUUGAUUGUCUGUGUUUCCUUUAGUUAUGCUUAUUAGAGGACAGUAUUACUCAAUGCCUAAAACAAUUCAAUUAUUGAAUAACUGUUUUAAAUUGAUUUUAGGGCCUGAGGGGAAAAAAAUGCCACAGUUUUCAGUUUUCUUUUUCUUUGAUUGGUUUAUUUUUCCUUGAUUUAUUUAUUUAUAUAUAUCAAGCUUCUUUGUUAAAUGGGAUGAAAUAAUUAAUCUCUUUAGCACCAUUUAUAUCAAUGUAUCUAAGAAAACCACCAGGCUGAUAUUUAAUAAGUAUUCUUUCUCUUUCAAUUUGUCAAACAUUUUAAGAUUUUUACUGAAGGUAAUAACACCUGUGCUAUAACCAACUGCAUAAGGAAACCAUAUUACAAACACUAGAUUUCAAAAAAUGUUUAUUUUGCUUAAUUCUCCAGCAUAAGAUAUAACUAAUCUUUGCAAAAUUGAGUGUAACACUAAGUGGUCUGUUCUGAAGAACAUACAGCCAUGGUCAAAGGUUUUGCAUUACCCAAUAGAAUUAACUAAUUUUGCUUCAUAAAGUUGAAUGAAACCUGCUGAAUAAUGCUAUGUUAAUAUAGAAUUAUGUUUCUUUUUUAAUUAUGUCUCUAUCCUAAAAUUGUAAGUGAUGCGAAACUUUUGGCCAUAGCUGUACAGUUAAGACAGAAGCAUUAAUGCCACAGUUCCACCUGUAAAACUCAAUCUCGUCUCAUUCCAGUAUCAAAGAGGGGGUUCUACUGGUACCAACUGCAACUGACGCGUCCAUGUGUAUCAUUUUUUGUAUACAGUAAUUCCCUUUAGAGCUUAAAAAUUUUUCAUCUACUUCCAACAUUUCCUUGUUUUGUUUUUUAUACCCACGUUCGUUUCACUGAAACUUUAAUAGGCCACUUCCUCUAUCAAAUCAAUUUAGACAGACCAGCUGAAAUCCAGUCUGAGUCCAAAAUCAAAUAGGUUUUAUCUUGGUCUGCUGCUGAUUGAAUAGAACAGGAUUUGAACUCACUUUUGAACUCAAUACCAGUGUCAAAUGGUACUUCUUUCUCUCCAUGAUCCUGAAUCAUAUCAGUAGAAAACUAACAGUGUUUAUAAUCAUUAGAUAGUUGGCAUAUUCAUUGUGGUAACAAGAUGCCAUAAAUUAAAUUAUUUAUUUUCAACUGUCUUAUUCAACAGUUUCUGUCACUGAAGUUACAGUACAGAGUAAUUUAACCUCUACCUGGUCCCAGUAAAACAUGUUUUAAUUUAUUAACAUAAUAAGGCUAAAAUGGUUCCUAACUGGCAGUGUUGUGCACUCAGUCUUGCAACGUGUUCAGUCUCUCAGUCUUUUCCCAGUUACUUUCCGGGUGUGGAGUCAUUAUCCAGAUAACCAACUGACCCCUCAUUUUGUCUGGUUACUUGACAUUGCACUGUAAUAUAGUUUGGUUUGGAUACUAGUUAUGUACCCUUUAUCUCAAUAGUCCUUAAUCGUAUACCCAUGGCCCUAUUUGCUAGUUGCUAGGCCUUAAAAAACAGUAUUUUGCUCUAUUUUAGUGGAGCCAUGGUGCCAACGCUGGCAGUUACAGUGUGCUGCUCAGAGUGUUUUAUAAGAGUCCCCCGAUGCUGUGUUCUGGAAGAAGAGUUGCUGCUUUCAGAGUUGAAUCAGUCCAGCAUUUAUCUUCAUUUUUUACUCAACCUUGGGAUGUAAAAGAAUAAUAUGUAAAAUGUAAAUUGAUUAAAUCAACAAUGAGUUUGACCCUGAUCCCUUGCUAUUUACAGAACAUGCACUUUUACUUUCAAUGCCAUUUUUAUUCAAAUUUCCAAUCAGACUAUACUCACGAUCUCUACACCUCCCCACCUCUACAUCACUGCCCUUGCAGUAUAACUUUCCCAGAAUAAAAUGGUUGGGUCUCAAUUGCCUCAUCCAAUAGCCAAACACCCAAAUAACCAGUUGAUAUCCAUUGUCUCAGUUACCUGCUACCACCUCAACCCAUCUCUGACCUAUGGUAACACUCCUAAGCCAAAUCAGUUGAGUUAAGACUAAUAUCCCUGUUAACACUCUACAUAAGUAAUGGAAGCAGCGGGUAUCGAACAUACCCGUUAGCAGCAACGUCAUGACGUUUCAGGUUGACAUAGUUGAUCAUAACGCAAUGCUUUUAUUAGUGUCCCAACUUGUCAUGUGUACACCUCUGACUGACUAUUGGAAUGCAGUAUAGUGUGUAGGUAGCACUCAAUUAACUUGAAAUGGUUCAGCAGCACACUGUUGCUAAACGCAAUGUUGUAGCCAAAGGCUAGCCAAGCAACUUCAUGCUUGUGGGAAGAGUCAGGUUCUAAUAAGCUAAAAUGAAACCCACCAAAGUGAAAUACACAAGUUUAUCAUAAAAUAAGAUUGUGGCUAUACUGUUUAACUGAUUGGUUUGCCUGGCUUAUUCUAUCCCAGCUUUACUCUUUAUAUAGUGUCCCCUCUGUACAGAAACCCUCCAGCUGCUAUAUGUCCAUGUCAUUUCCUUGUGACUUGCCUGUAAACCCCAGUGUGUAACGUGCUAGGCACACGCAUGCAUUCCCUUUCGCUCAGCUUCUGUUCAUUUAGCUUCUGUUCAUGCAUGAUAUUAGUUUUGUCAAGUGCUGUGAGACAGAUGUAUCUUGUAUAUUAGAUUACAGUCUUGACUUGAAAAAAAAAGCACAAUUUUAAAUUGUAUUGUUUUUUUUUAGGUUUUGUUUUUUUUAUUACAAAUUUUUUACACAGUAGAAGUAAAAUCUAUGUUUACAAUAUGUUGCAGAGCCCUCGUUUGUAGAUAGAGGAGGAAUGACAUGUGGUGCUCCAGCUUUGACAACAAAUGAAAAGUUGUAUCUUGUUUUGUAAAGUGUACUGUACAGAAAUGUGAGUAGCGCAGAAAGAAUAUCAUUCUGCAUAUAGUUCUAUUGUGCCAUGUAUUAAACCCCCCCAGUAAGUAAAAACAAAACAACAACACCAUUUUUAAAGAGAUGGUGGGGUCUUUUUUAAUGGUCUAAACAGUGAGGGAUAGAAACACAGAAACCCUUUAACUCUAUAUUAAUCCAGGUUGGGUUUUCCCUAAGAGGUGAUUUAUAGACACACUUAUUAACCUCACUAUACUGCACAAUCAGGUUCUCGAAAAAAUCAGGUUUAUACAUUUUAGGGCAGCAGUAUUACGAUCUGCCACAGAUUAGAUGAUUAAAAUAGACCCCAGUCUGAAUGCCUUGAAAAGCAGUUCUACAACAAAGCCAAUUCACCCAUUUGUUCCUGGUACAUUUUUAUAUGUACUGUUUUUGGCCAGUUCUUUGUCUAUUCAAAUGUAUGUUCUUGACUCCAUCAGUAACAUUUGCUAGGACAGAGAUUAUUGCACCUCCUCUCAACAGGAGUUUACUGGUAGCAUAGGAUGAAAGGCUAUUCUAAAAUAAUAUGCCAUCUGAUUUAGGGAGUCAAAUUAGCAACUUGGUGUGGGUAUGAAAUAUCCCAGUCAUCACAUCCUGGUGCCUUUUUAGGGUUACUGCACUCUCAAUAAAGCUCUUAGAAUCGUGUCAUGCCUCCAAGUACAUCCGGUGUUUACAGGACAACUACUGUUAAUUUUGUUUACAUAAUGUAUAUUUUAAAAAUGUACAGUAUAUAGACGCCUGAACUACUUCCUACUGGUACAGGGUUUCACAUUUUAUUACACUACCAAUAGGUGUGUAUUUCUAAAAAUGCUCUGACAUCUACAUGAGCAAUGGUUGCAGUAUUAGCACAAAAAGCAAAAACAGUGAAUACAAAAAUGAGCAAACAGCUCUAAGGUUUUAAACUAACCCCUGAACAAUGGUCAAAUAAUGUGACAGGCUAAAUCCUUGUCAAUGGGUAAUGGUUUCUAUGAUCAUAAAUGAUCUACAAAUACCCUCUAAAUCAGAUGACAAGAUUAUUCUACUAAACUAAUGUUACAACUAAAAUAUACUGUAAUGCAAAUAGAUUGCGGUCAUGUUAAAGCCUGGAAAAUAUUAAAAAAGUCUUAUGAAAUAACUGAAUUGCUUCUACUGUGUUUAUACCAUGAGUUAUAUAAAUGCCAAAUGACAAUGUUUAAAGGCCAAGCUCACUAGAAUUCAGUUCCAGUCCUGGGAGCUGAGUUCAAGUGCCUUUUUAUCUAAUUGAUCGAUACAGCAUAGUUAGGGAUGUAAUAAAACAUAUUUGCUGGUAGGCCUUGAAAUACAAAGAGCUUUCACUCAUUAAAAGGGUAGGCCCUCCAGUGCAUGGUUAAGGCAUUUUGGAGCCAUGUGGAGUAGCUUGCAUUGUGGUGGUGCAAAUGUAACCCAAGGUUUCUCGGCACAUGUUCCAUAUUGCAUAUUAAUAAUAAUAAUCAUUUCAUAAAUAAAUAAAAUAAAUAAAUACUCUUAUUGUAAUUUUUAAAAGAUUUUUAGGAGCGAGCACUGGUAAUUGUUGCUGAAAAAGUUCAAAAAAGGAUAUCAGUGAACCUAAUUUGAUACAUACAGGGUGCAUGGGGCCCUGUUCUGAGUCAACAUGUACAGGUCAUUGAGGCCACACCAUCAUAUAAGGUAUUGUUGGUAACGCUAUUACACAAGCAAACAAAAAACGUCUUUUCACCAGUAGUGAAUUUUCAGUAUGUGUGUGUGUGUGUGCACUGUGUUAUUUAAAUCCCAUGUAAAUAAUGCAUAAUACUCUUUAUUAUGUACUGUAUACAAGUAUUGUUGUGCCUAAUUUUUAGGUUUUGCACUAUAUUCUUAUAGAAGCAUAGUUGUUUAGAUAUGUGCAGGCAUACAUUUAAAAUGGCUCCCUUUUUGCCCAAAAUAUUGGGCUUUGUUACUGUCUGGUUGAAUACUAAAAUUAAGUGGAACAUAAUAAAGGCUCCCAAUGUGCUGGAUUAUUAA